ACUUCUUGAAGCCACAGCUUUUUAAAGUCGAUAGUGGAAAAUCAUAAGACAUCAUAUCUGACUUUUGCAAUGUGGAGUUAAGUGGCUAUUAACCAAUAUUUCAAACUCGUUUGGGAAGAAAAAUGGCUGAUAUCAGCUCAGCCCUAACCAAAGAAGGCUGGUACCUUUCCGAGGAGGGAAUUGAGCUUUGCAGAAGCUCAUCGGAGACACCUUCUGUGAAUGACGUCAUCCGCAUUGCACUUAAUAGUGACCUGAGACCUAUUGGGAAGAAAUUUCUGCCCAGUGAAAUAAACAGUGGAAGAGUGGAGAAAAUAGAAGGGCCGUGUGUUCUCCAAGUGCAGAAGAUUAGGAAUGUGACAGCUCCAAAAGACCACGAAGAGUCCCAUGCAGCCCCCAGGAUGCUACGGCUACAGAUGACAGACGGUCAUACGAACUGUGUCGGCAUUGAGUUCAAACAUUUGUCCAAAAUUAGUUUGAACACCCCUCCUGGAACUAAAGUGAAGCUCCUUGGCACAGUGCUGGUGAAGAACGGAUUCUUGCUACUGGACGACUCAAAAAUUUUCUUACUUGGUGGGGAAGUGGAUCACAUGAUUGAGAAAUGGGAACUGCAAAGGAGUCUGGCCAAGCACAGCAGAAGUCACAUUGGUGCUGAAGGAGGGCCACCUCCCUUUGUUCCAUUUGGACAGAAAUGUGUGACAAAAGAACAGGUGGACAGUAAAGAUCUAGACCAGAGAAAGACGCUUCAGGUCACCAACGCUGUGAAAACUGCUGAUGAAAAUGACGAGUUUGAAAAGCAAAGAAUUGCUGCCAUUGCAGAAAUUGCAAAGAGCAAAGAGACUCGAACAUUUGGUGGAGGAGGAAACGCAGGCAGUAAUCUCACCAAUCCUGGCUCCACUAACAAAAACCGAGACACCUAUCAGAAAAAGCGCGAGGAAAAGCCUGUUUGGAGCGAAAGCCGAUCAGAAGGAGUGUACCGAGAACUGGUGGAUGAAAGGGCUUUGAGAGACAUCAUGGAAAUGGGGUUCAACAAAGAAGCAGCAAGGCAGGCCCUCAUGGACAACAACAACAACUUAGAGGUGGCACUCAAUUUCCUGCUUACCAAUGACAAACCCAAAGCUGUGCCUGCUGACCACAGCAGACCACCACCAAGAGCAAAGGGAAGGGGUCGGGGAAGAGCCAGGAUGGAGGAAGAAGAGGAGACGGCAGGAGGAAGACCCUCUGGCCCCAGCACGCUGUUUGAUUUCCUGGAAUCAAAGAUGGGGGUCUUUUCUAUUGAUGAGCCAAAGAACCAGUCUGCUCAAAAACAUCACGAGCAGAGCAAGGCUGUUUUCCAGAACACCGACCACCUCUUCAGAGACCAGACCCAAAGCUAUCCCUCACGCAAUGAAGCAAGGCAGCAGAGAAAUGAUAAACCCCCGCGCUUCCAAAGGGAUAGUGAGGUCCUGAAGCCAGGCCUGGAUGCUUCUGCCCCCAGCCAGCGUUGGAGGGGACCUGAGAACACAGGCGGGGGUGGCCCAGACAAAUGGCAGGACGAGGGCAGGAGAGGCGGACGUGUGUUCCGUGGUAAUCCACGGUCACGAGAACACACUGGCCCUGCAGGUUUGCCACAAGGCGCAAGGGAUCAUGCAGGUUCCAGUGGAUUCCAACAAGGAUCACGAGAUCAUGUAGGUUCUGGCGGAUUCCAGCAAGGAUCCAAAGAUCAUUUAGGCUCUGGAGGAUUCCAUCAAGGAUCUAGAGAUCACGCGAACUACGGUGGGGUCCACCAAGGAGCUAGGGAUCAUGCAGGCUCAGCUGGAUUUCAGCAAGGAUCUGACCUGCCUUUUAAAAGAGGUGCAAAAGACAAUGGCGUACAAUCCAAAUCACUGGAGGCCAAUCACCUGUCAGACUUUAAAGGCAGCUCUCGACCUGAUAACAAACUUGAGGUAAAUAACAAGAAGAAAGGGACAUUUGACAGGCAUAACUCAGAAACCGCUUUUAGGAAAUCAGAUGCUGUCAGUUCUGUGAAUUCCUCCGACUCAUGGGGGAAUGCCAUUGUGACGCAGCACCCAAACGCAGUUGGAACAGGUGGAAAUGCGAAUAUUCAGAAUGGCUAUUCAGAGCACAGACGAACUGGACCUAUUAAACAGCAGCUGGGCGUAACCUCUGGCGAUGAGUUCUCCAACAAAAAUGCUUCUCAGAACUCUGCACCCAAGAAACGGUCAGGACCGAUAAAAAAUCAAAAAGGUGUGGAACCGGUUGCAUCAGAACACAAUUCUCAUGGGCUGUAUAACUGGAAACCAGGAGACCACUGCCUUGCACUCUACUGGGAGGACAAUAAGUUUUAUCGCGCCAGAAUUGACGCUGUGCACCCGUCUGGAUCAACAGCUGUUGUUGUGUUCAGCGAUUAUGGAAACUGUGAAGAGGUGCUUCUCUAUAACAUCAAACCUGUUCAUAUGGAUUCUUGGGAUGAAGAUGUCUAUUACGAGAACUCUCUAGAGUACCGCCGAGGAGGAGAUGGGCAGCCCAGACGCACACGACCCACACAGCAGUAUUACCAACCACCCAGAGCCAGGGACUGAUGUAAAACACAGUGUGGCGUAGUGGUUUUCAGAAGUGACCUGCGUAUUGUCCGGAGAAUGUAGCGCAGCACGAAUACUGACGUCAACGAAGAGCGGGUGGAGUGUGCACAUGAACUGAAAACCGGUUCUCUCUUUUCUAGGCUGAUUCGUCAAGGAACUGCAGAUAGCAGCUCAGCUGAAAUCUGAAAAUGUGACUUUGGCAGAUUAUUUCUUCCACAAACAAAAACGGCUUCUUUCUUCCAUAUUUAUGCUUUCAUGUCAAUAAUUGCAAAAUUCUAAAAGGGCUUUCACAGUUGCUGCAAAAAACAAUGUGGAAAUGGAAGACUUUGUAAUGCACAAAGAUCGCUGUACAUGGAAAGAAUUUGUAAAAUACUUAAAUAAAAACAAUA